AUGUUCGUCGCACGACAAAGGGCAGCCUUCGUGGCUCGACAGCUGCAGCGAACAGCACGAACCUACGCCUCCGACGCCCACGCUCACCACAAGGCCGCCGAAGUUAACGAGUCGUUCAGCACCGGAUCUCUCCUCGCUGUCAGCGGUUUCUUCGGCUCCGUUCUCAUUUACCAGUUUGUUCCCGCCGAGGGCGAGCAAUCUUCAAUCCUCAACUUCAUCAACAAGUACACUUCGCGCAGCAAGGACUGGGAGGAAAUCAACGCUCUUCACACCAAGGCCAUGGAGCAGGCUGGAUACGACCGAAACCUUUUCGAGAACGGCGGCAACAAGCACCGAUUCGUCGAUGUUGCAUACCCCGAGGCAAUCUCUUCGUAUGCUAACCGAAACCACAUUGCUGGUCAUCUUGCCAACAUGGACUACGUUGUUGAGCACUACCGACAACAGCACCUCAAGGAGGAGGAGCGAAAAGCGGCCAAGUUGGCACAGAAGCAGGAAUAA